AUGGCACCAAUCAAAGUCGGGAUCAUAGGGUACGGCUUCUCAACGAAGUGCUUCCAUGUGCCUUUCAUAUCUGCUCAUCCAGAUCUACAAAUCGCAUGCUUCGUGCAGCGCGCAGAGGCACCCAGUGACAAGGCUGGUGCUAAGCCCGGCUCGCAUUGCACGGUGGACCAUCCAGAGGCGAAGCAUUAUCGAACAGUGGAUGAGCUUUUCAAGGACCCUGAUGUAGAGCUGGUGGUCGUCUGCAGCCAUACAGAUACCCAUACUUCGUUUGCUGAACAAGCUUUGCUUGCAGGAAAACAUGGUCGUUAUCCCCCAAACCACAAAGAUGCAAAUGCUCGGGAUGCUGACUUCGUGGUCGAGAAGCCGUUCACACGAACGACUGAGGAAGCAGAUAAACUGAUUUCCCUUGCCCAGGAGAAGGGCUUGGUAUUGACCGUUUUUCAGAACCGGAGAUGGGACGGAGAUUUCCAAACACUCAAGGCUCUGAUUGACAAAGAUGCUCUGGGAACGAUCAAAGAAGCCGAGAUUCACUAUGACAUUGACUCUCCGCCGUGGGUGGCACGUAUGACCGGCAAGGAAUACUCGCCCGGACAGGGCAUGGCAUUCGGUCUGGGUAGCCACACCAUCGACCAAGCGCUCAUUCUCUUCGGACGCCCUGAGUCCGUCACAGGGUUCUUCCGCGCCCUUCGCGGCGUCGAGAGUGACAUCGACGACACCUUCACGAUCAUCCUGCAGUACGGCGCUCCACGACAAGAUCUGCUGGUCACGAUCAAAACCAACAUCGUCUCGCCGAUGGCCGACCAGCUCAAGUAUUUCGUGCGAGGCACGGGGGGUACAUUUGUCAAGCACGGCACCUGUGCACAAGAGCAACAGAUCUUCGACGGCCAGAAGCCCACAUCAUCGGGAUUCGGGAGUGAGCCCGAACACCUAUACGGCCUGUUGACCAGCCGCACCGACCCCAGCGACAUCUUGCCCCGAGAGCCAGCAACCUCCAAGGUGACGUAUGACGCGCUCUCCAAGACAUACAGCGCACGGUACCCGACGGUCCCAGGGCGAUGGCUGGGCUUCUAUGAGAACGUGGCGGACGCGAUACGUGGCGGAGCGCCUCUUGCUGUCAAGCCUGGGGAGUCGCGUGAUGGCAUCCGAGUUAUUGAGUUGGCGAGGGAGAGCCAUGAGCGCCGCGCGACGGUCGCUUGGUAUUGA